CUCUUGGUGGGUAACCAGACAUCCAUGUCUACAUUCUUACUUCUGGAAUUCUCAGGCAUUCGGGAACUGCAAAUUCUACAUUGUUUUGUAUUUCUAGCCUUCUACUUCACAACUGCAAUAGCAAAUCUUCUCAUAAUUUCAGUUGUGACAUUUGAGCACCAUUUGCACAUUCCAAUGUACUUUUUUUUGAUGAACUUGGCCAUUCUGGAUCUUGCUUCUGUUUCAGUCAUUAUGCCUAAAUCCAUAGCAAAUUCUCUCAUGAAUACCAGAUAUAUUUCUUAUUCUGGUUGCAUUUCUCAAGCUCUCCUGUUUGUUUCAUUUUUGACAUCUGAUUUCUUUCUUCUCACAGUCAUGGCAUAUGACAGAUAUGUUGCUAUUUGCAACCCCUUGCAGUAUGAAAUGGUGAUGAAUAGGAGAACAUGUGCUCAGAUGAUUGCUAGUGUAUGGAUCAGUGGUUUUUUCUUUGGAAUACUGCAUGCAAUUGGCACAUUUACACUUCCUUUUUGCUCUGAUGUUGUUGAUCAGUUCUUCUGUGAGAUCCCACAAUUAUUAAAGCUCACUUGCUCAGAUUUCAAUCAAGGUGAAGUUGGAAUUCUUGCCUUCAGUAUUAUUAUAGUAUUGGGUUUAUUUAUCUUCAUUUUGGUAAGUUACAUAAAGAUCUUGAGUGCAGUGUUCAGAAUACCAUCUACACAGGGAAGACAAAAGGCCUUAUCCACUUGUCUUCCCCAUCUCAUUGUUGUCUCUGUGUUAAUGUUCACAGGAACACUCACAUACAUGAAGCUUCCCUCAAAUUCCCCAUCUGAUCUGGAUAUAAUGCUGACCAUUAUAUAUUCUCUUGUCCCACCCAUUCUAAAUCCACUGGUUUACAGCAUGAGAAACAAAGACAUAAAGGCAGCCCUGUUCAAACUAUUAGGUCCCAAAAUUACUUUUUUCCAUACAAUAAGUCUUUUUAUUCAUUUUAAUCUUUAA